CACUUGUAAUCAAUGUGGGAAGAGUUUCUCACAAUCAUCAAACCUUAAUGAUCACAUGAACAUCCACACUAGAGAGAAGCAGCACAUAUGCGAUCAAUGCGGUAAAAUGUUUUUAUGGGCUUCAGUUCUGAAGAAACACUUAAAAGUUCAUACAAAGGAGAAGCCACAUUCAUGCCAUUUGUGUGGUAACAGUUUUUUGCAUCUAGAAAUUUUUAAAGAACAUCAGAAAAUACAUACUGCUGUGGGAGAGUACAUGUGCUAUGAGUGUGAAAAUACUUUUAUUUCAGCUGAACAUUUGAAACUGCAUGAGAGGAUCCACACUGGAGAAAAACCUUACAAGUGUUCACACUGUGACAAGAGAUUCAGUCGGUCAGGAAUCCUGAAAUCACAUGAGAGGAUCCACACUGGAGAGAAACCUUAUAAGUGUUCACACUGUGACAAGAGAUUCAAUCAGUCAGGAGACCUGAAAACACAUGAGAUGAUCCACACUGGAGAGAAACCUUAUAAGUGUUCUCACUGCAACAAGAGAUUCAAUCAGUCAACACAUCUGAAAACACAUGAGAGGAUCCACACUGGAGAGAAACCUUAUAAGUGUUCUCACUGCAACAAGAGAUUCAAUCAGUCAACACAUCUGAAAACACAUGAGAGGAUCCACACUGGAGAGAAACCUUAUAAGUGUUCUCACUGCAACAAGAGAUUCAAUCAGUCAACACAUCUGAAAACACAUGAGAGGAUCCACACUGGAGAGAAACCUUAUAAGUGUUCACGCUGUGACAAGAGAUUCAGUCGUUCAUCAAAUCUGAAAAGACACGAGAAGAUCCACACCGGAAAAUAACUGUAUCACUGCACUGCAUGUGGGAAGUGCUUCAAUCAUUCAUCUGCUCUACACAGUCAUACAAAAAACAAUCACAGUAAGGCCCCGACCACACAGAGAUGCGUUUAGCUGUAUACGUAAAUAUUUUGUAUCGUAUCGGCAUUUCGUCCAGAUGGAUGCAGCGUUUUGGGAGCCUGAAACAGCUUUUUUUUUAAACCGGGUCCCAGAGUGGAUAAAUCUGAAAACAAUACCUUUGUUUUUUUGUGUGUAUAGUCAAUCCGUCUAUUUUGUAAAACAAUUAAGUCAUCACCCCACGUCUUGACCCUAGUCAGACACCGCUACAUCACGUAACAGCAACAACAAUAACAAUGGCAAUUGCUUCUUGAAAACUUCAAAAAAAUGCUUCUGUUCGUGCAGCAGAAGCUACUGAGCCUAUUAGCUUUACUAACUUUACUAGCUUUUCUUGUUGUUGUGUUGGGUUUGUAUACAGCACGCAAGGUUUAUGAACAUGCUGCAAGUCUUCUCUGUUUUUAGUGUAUCUCUGUGGCAGAAUUACAGUGCUACAUA